UGUGCUCAACUAGCUAAUUGCUUUGACCUGGGCGAAACAUGGCCACAAUCAAGGAGAGACUUGCGGCUCUAAAUCUUGCAGAAAAACUCUAUGUGCGUCCCCCGGCUCAGGGCGGGAUUUGUAGGAACUACCAGUCUUUGUCCUCUUGGAGUGGACUUAUAGCCCAUCUCAAGGCAUCAGUAAAGGUGAAGCGUCGUCGAGUCUAUAUUAAGUCCCAUGGCGACUGUUUCUUGGGGUCUGACGCAGUGGACGUCGUGGCAGUCCACCUGUCCCAUAUCAAAGGUCUGGAAGGUGCGACCGUGUCCAGGGAAAAGGUAGUGGUGGUCUGCCAGGCUCUGCUGGACUGCCAUGUGUUUGAGGCUGUGGGGACCAAAGUCUUUGGGAAAGACAAGAACCUGGAUAGGUUCAACGACUGCAGCAAUGCUCUCUACAAGUUCCUCCUGCAUACUCCCUCAGUUGAUGAAUUGGAUAGGGGCGUCCUCAGUCAUGGUGUCCAGAAGUAUUUCUGCACUGAUGCAUCCGAUGGGCAGGAAUCACUGAAGUUGCCAGGGGAUACAAAACCCCCAGAGACUCUCCCCGAUGCCAACAGAUUCCAGGCUGUAAUUGAGGCAGACAAACUGAGUUUGAGUCCCAGUAGACUACAGACUGACACAGUGUUACCACAAACAUUGGUGAAUGAAGUGUGGCAGGAGCAGACCACAGUACGGCUGCUUAAGCUGGUAGACCUCCCCCUGCUGGACGGGGUGCUCCAGUGCAGCCUGAACCAAGAUUCCCACUUCACUGCACCACGUCCACUGGCUCACUGCAACCCAGACCUCAUCUACAGCGACCAAAACCUAGACCGACAGAUCCUCCAGGCCUUCAAAGAAUUCAAUGAGGACGAGUGGCUUUGUGCGGCUUUGGGUUGUCUGGACCUGCUCCCCGACAAGGCGGUCAUGGAACUGAGCAGAGCGAUCCCCAACUACUUCCGACAGGAAGAAGACAGUCAGGACUACAUGGUGGUGGACCGCAUCGCUCCAGAAGAAGGUGGCUUGAGCCAGUGUCAGCUACUUGUCUAUGGGAUCCUGGUCAAACACUACAGCCUUACAGACAUGCUUCCCCUGCUGCCGGGGAACUUGACAGAUGUUUAUGCAGCCAUCAUUGACCUCCUGGUCAAUGCCAAGCUGGACAAGGCACUGGAGGCUUUACAACUGUGCCUCAAGUUACUGCCCACUAGCUGCAGAGAGGAGCUUCGCAGGCUGCUGACCUUCAUGUCCCUGGCUGCUGACCCACAGGGGAUAAGACUGGACAAGGAGAUGGAGAACCGCCUGGCAGUGAGGAGGUCCUUCUCACGGGCACUCCUCCACAGUAAGACUCUCUCCAAGGAGCAGGAGGAGCUCAUGGUGGCCUUCAUGCUCGGCAACACGCAGGACAUCUUCAGGAUACCAGGGGCCCUGCACAAAGCAGUGAGCGACAAACUGGCAAGCCUUGUGCACAGGAACCAUCCGGAUGUCACAGGUUCCACCUUCUGUCAGCAGGAUUUCCGGGACAGUGCGCACGUUAGAGAUGUAACCCAAGGGGAGCUGAGGGCUUUGCUAAGCAACAUACAUCUGGACCCCAAGAUUUCAGACAGAAAGAAGAGGAGGUUGCUCAGGCAGUUUUACCAGGCUCACCCUGAGGUGUUUGAUCAGUAUUUUGGUGAUUCAGCCCUUAGCAUGCUGUGAUAUGUGAACGCUGUCGCUAUCUACAGCUGUAGAUACAAACGUUGCUAGAGUUGUGGAAAGGUUUCAAUCCAUUUAGGCUUGUGUUGGAAAAUGUAUGGAAGUUAUUUUUUUUUUGUGUGCCUUUGCCAUAUGUAUUUGAAAUCAAAUGAGCAAUAAAUAAAAUCUAAUAGUUGU